AAUUUGAUGUAAAUCAACAUGAAAUUCUUUCUCUUUCACUCCCAUUGCUUAAUACUUUUAGAGGGCUAUUAACUAUUAUGGAGGCUUUGUACAUUUAGCAUGUUUUGGAGAAUUUGAAUGUAGCUUGUUUGCUUUGCAUAGCUUUGGAUGGAUGAGAAGUGUCAAUGAUCUGUCUAAACGUGUCUUAUUUUUAAAAUUUUGAAAUUGAACAAAUUGUUGACAUCCAUUGACUACUGUUGUUGGGAAUCCUAUGGAAAUGUACCACAGGAAACCCAGCAAUUUUAAUGACAGCCAACACUCAUUAUUUUUCUAUAUUUAGCUGUGGUUUUGUUUAUUUCUGAGGUAUCRUCAGAAAUAAUUAUUGAACUAUCAACAAGUGGUUUUCUUAAACUAGUGAGACAAAUGUACUAAUAUAUAUACACAAUAAUAUAUACAUUUUUAAUCAAGGAACAUAUUAAAAUACAUCGUCAAUCAUUGUAAAGACAUAAUAAUGUUUAAUAGAUUGUUUUCACUAGCUUUUAAAAACCACUUCACAUAGCCAAAGUAUUCAUGCCAUGGUAUUUUUCGAAGGCUACAAAACUACUUCAUUAAUGUAAGCAAGUAAUUUGUUUUCAUUGUACAGAAUUGCUUUGAAAUCUGUUAAUAAUUUGUGAAUAGCUAUCAAACAUUUCUUGAUUUAAGAAUGAUAAUUUCUAACAGAAAAUGGUGUCAGUUAUCAGACAUAUCAGACAAAUAACCCAGUUCAAGAGGUUCYAUUUUACUCCACUUGACAUUAGUUGUUUGUGGCAUAWUAGUUAAAUGCACUUUUAUUUGYUUGYUACCCUUAGGCUUUGCACAAACAACAAAAACUGAAACUUUUAAYAUAUUGACAUUGAAUUAUUUUAACUGCAAAGCAAAGUGUAAAAACUAACAAAUCUUUCAAGAAGAGGCAAACAAAAUGAAAGAGGCUGUUCAGUGGUAAAAAGUUGAACAUUUUUGUAAGUUCGCUGACAGCUUAUGAUACUAAGUAAGUUUUCAGCUAAACAUAGACAUUGGAACAAUGUCCAUAGACAUUGGAACAAUGUCAUUGCACAAUAUUCCAAAAUGUGAAUUUUCUUCUUUGCAGUUGUUAAUAUGUCCUAAUUCUUAAUAUUGUGAAAGGUGCCUUGCAUCGAGGUGAGGGAACUGUUGAGCUUGCAGUGAUAGAUACAUCUAAAUUUACAGACACCAUCAUUGCAAGCCAUACAAUGCAAUAGGGUUUGAAGAUGAUACUUAUUUAAGUUUCAAUUAAUUAAACCAAUUUUUACCUAACAUUCCUAUGCCAAUUAUUGUCUUGAAUUAUUGGAAAUUUUGUGCAUUGACUAAAGAGAUAAAAAUACCAAGGAACAAUUUAUUUGAAUUUGUUUCUUGGUGUUUGGUAUAUUGCAGAUCCAAUAGUCUUACUGCAGUUUGCAGGAAUAUGAUAUUGACCAACACGUGUACAUUUGAAUGCGCUUGAAAGUCUUUUUUAGCAGAUCAAUUGAGUUUUAAUUCACAAUUAAAAAAUGUUGAACAAUAAGAAUUUUGUGUUGUCACUUGCUUGGAUGUCAUAAUAAGUGUGAUUUCAAUAUAAAUCAGGAUCUAAAGGAAUACUGUAGCAUGUGCAGUGUGAAUCUCCAARGAGGGCUGCCUGCUCUGAAACAACAGAAUCAGUACCAUCCAGAACUAAAACCCUUUUAAACAGUUGAAAACAAUGCAAUGUACUCUCCAUCCACAAAUUCAGAUUUUUUACCAUAUGAGUCAAUGCAAAAGAGCCAAAAAUGCUCUCUGCAUUUUCAAUUAUUUUCUUAAAUAUCAAAGCCCAGUAAAUUAUAAAUGAAACACACUUAUCUGUUCAACUGGACUUCCAUUUCCAGACAGAUUUCCAUUGUCUGGAWAAUUCUACCCAUGAUGCAUUGUACGCAUGAAAGCGAGGCAGGUUUUGAAAAAUGGCGGACAAGAAGCGUGCUCUCGAUUCAGAUGAGGUAGAGACAUGCAAGAAAUCUAAGGUAGAAGGACAAGGAGAUGGACUUGAGAGCUUUAAGGGGUUUGAGAUUACUAAAACAUUGUCUGAAAAUGCUAGUUCGAAGAGUAUUUUCGUUCACGGAAAGUUCACAGGCAGUGAUGAAGAUGCAGUUGUUCUUCUAGAGAAGACUCCCUUCACGCAGGCCAUCCUGCCACACGUGUUGUCAUCGGAUACCAAGCUGUCUGUCGAUAUGCGAAAUGAUAUUUACGAACAGUAUAUAUGUUACCCACCACAAGAUAUCAAUGCUGUCAAAUGCACCGUUAUUUAUCCUGCCACYACUAAACAUAUCAAUAAGUACACAUCACAACAGCCUUAUAUGGUAUAUGAGACAGCAGAGGAUUAUGGGAAAAUAACUUUACCUUAUUUGGAAGCUCAACAGUUUAGUAUUCAGUGGGUUUACAAUAUUCUAGACAAGAAAGCAGAAGUUGAAAGAAUCAUAUUUGAAGACCMUGAUAAAGACGAUGGUUUUAUUCUCCUUCCRGAUAUGAAGUGGGAUCAACGGCAGUUAGACAAUCUAUACUGCGUGGCCAUAUGCCAUAARAGAGRCAUUAAGUCCAUAAGAGAUCUUGAUGAAAGUUUGUUACCRAUGUUAAAGAAUAUAUUAUCUAAAGGAAAGGAAGCAAUCCAUGCAAAAUAUGAUAUACCAUCAUCCCAGYUAAGAAUCUAUGUUCACUACCAACCAUCAYACUAUCAUUUCCAUGUACAUUUUACACAUUUAAARUUCGAYGCACCAGGSUCYAGUGCAGGAAAAGCUCAUCUUCUACAAGAUGUUAUUGACAAUAUUGAGAACAUUGAUAAAGAUUUUUAUAAAAAGAAGACUUUGCCAUUUAUUGCUAGAGAGAAUGAUAAACUGUAUUUGGAAUUUCAGAAUAAAGGUAGAACUUGAUGACUCAA